AUGGCUUCUGCGCAGCGAAGAAGCGCGGCGGCGAAGCGCAUCGAAGAGCUCGCUUCGGAACCGACGACGGCGAAGGCUUUAGCGAAACUGAUUUAUUACAGCGCGGCGAUGAUUGUGACGCCGUUGGUGACGUAUAACCUGUCCAUGACGAGGUUUGUUCCGUAUUUGUACGAGAAGUACGGCACGGAGUUUCUCGAGAACCCGACGACGUGUAGCGGGUUGUUCGCUAUAUUGAGCGUGCAAGUUGUGUUGGUGAUGUACGUGAUUUCCGCGUUGAGAGAAGAUGGUUCGUCACCGGCGAUGAAAAGAGAGUAG